AUGAACGCCCUUAUCGUCGAAGGCCAAGGCAAGCUCGCUCUUAAGCAGACCGAGACGCCCAAGCCGGACGACCACUCGAUCAUUGUGCGCGUGCACAACGUGGCUCUGAACCCCACAGACUGGAAGCAUCUCGACUUCUUCGGCAAGGUGGGCACCACGCUUGGCUCCGACUUUGUAGGUACGGUUGUGACCAAGGAUGCACAAGCCGGAACCGACAUCCAGGUCGGUGACCGUGUCGCUGGUAUGGUACACGGCGGCUGGGACGUUGGUGUUGGUGCUUUCGCCGACUACCUCAAGACGCACCCCGCGGCGGUGAUGCGCGUUCCUGCCUCGGUCAAGGAUGAGGAGGCUGCUGGUCUCGGUAUCGGCGGUAACACGGCGUACUUUGGUCUCUUCCAGCCGAAGCACCUUGGUUUGCCUGCGCCUCAGCCGACGCUCACGUCGCUGCCGCCGGUCGACCAGACAAAGAAACUGCUGGUCUGGUCGGGCGCCUCGUCCGUCGGUCAGUUUGUGAUCCAGUUUGCGCGCGUUGCUGGCAUCCAUGUGAUUGCCACUGCGUCCCCCAAGAACCACGAAUUCCUGAAGGGUCUCGGCGCGGCAGAGACCUUUGACUAUGCGGACGAGUCCACGCCGGAAAAGAUCGCCGAGGCGCACCCCGAUCUUGCGUACGCCUUUGACACCUUCUCUGAGAAGGGAUCGCAGGAGUCAUGUGCGCGUGCUCUGUCCAAGACGCAGCCGUCGAAGCUGGUCGUGAUUCUCCCCCUGAGCAAGGAGGUUGCGUCGGUCAACGACAAGGUCAAGGGCACGACGGUGCUGUUGUACACUGUCGGUGGUGAGGAGGUCAACAUGUUUGGCCUGAACUUCUCGAAGGAAUACGCGCAGGAGGACCAGCGUUUCCUGGCCAAAGUCUUGUCGGGCGGUAUCUUUACAAGCCUGCUGAGCUCUGGCCUCGUGAAGCCGAACCGCACUUCGCCCCAGACCGGUGGCCUGCAGGCGAUCCCAGCCGGCCUGGACCGCCAGCGCACAGGCAAGGUGUCGGGCGAGAAGCUCACCUAUGCUUUGUAG